AUGCCCUCCGACUCGGCGGCGGCAGCGGCGACAGAGCCAGCACCCUCCUCGAUCCUCAUCAUCGGCUCCGGUGUCUUUGGCCUGACCACAGCCUACGAGCUCGCCCAGCGCCCACGCUACGCCUCCACAAAGAUCACAGUCCUCGAUCGCUCUCCGAUCCCCGGCCCCAGCGAGGACGCCGCCUCCGUCGACUCCUCCCGCAUCAUCCGCGCAGACUACGCCGACCCGGCCUACGCGACCCUCGCCGCCGAGGCCCAGACCGAAUGGCGCAAGACCUCCCACCCUUCUGACCUCGGCGCGGAGGGCCGCUACAGCCAGUCCGGCCUCUGCCUCGUCGCUGACCCCGUCGCCACCGCCUCGACCUCUUACUUUUCCACCUCCUCCUCCGCGUCAGCAGCAAAGACCAACGCCGACGCCAAGCAAAAGGCCAAGAAGACCUCGCUCGAAUACCUACAACAACGUACAUGGGGCUACAUCAACCCGCUCGCGGGCUGGGCCGACGCCGGCGCCGCAAUGUCCUACCUCGCGCGCAAAGUCGUGGCCCUCAACCGCGUCACCUUCGUCUCGGGCGUCGCGACCCGCCUCAACUACACACCCGAUAAGUCGACCGUCACAGGCACAACCCUCCAGGACGGCUCCGUCCUCUCCGCCGACCUCGUCGUCGUCGCAGCCGGCGCCUGGACCGGCGCCCUCGUAGACCUCUCCGGCCAGGCCAUCGCCACGGGCCAGGCCGUAGGCUACAUCGACAUCACCCCAUCCGAGCUCGAGGUCCUCCGCAAGAUGCCCGUCACCCUCAACUUCAGCACCGGCCUCUUCAUGAUUCCCCCCUCGGGACUGCAACUCAAAGUGGCCCGCCACGCCUUCGGCUACCUCAACCCGACCGCCAUCCCCCACCCGUCGCCCUUAACACCGUCCUCGACAAAGUCAACAGUCUCCCUCCCCGCAACCCACCUCACAGACCCGAACCUCAGGUUCCCUGCCGAAGGCGUCGCCGCCCUCCGCAAAGCAGUCCGCACCAUCGUCCCCAUCCCCGCCAUCCACGACCGCCCCUUUGUCCACACCCGCCUGUGCUGGUACACCGACACCCAGACGGGCGACUUUCUCGUCUGCCACCACCCCACCGCCCGCAACCUCUUCGUCGCCACCGGCGGCAGCGGCCACGGCUUCAAGUUUUUACCUGUGCUCGGUCGCGAAAUCGUAAACGUCCUCGAGGGCCGCGGCGACGAGGUGUUUACCGAAAAGUGGCGGUGGAGGGAGGUCAAGAGCAAGGCGGACGUGACGGACCUGUACGAGCACAUCAUGACGGAGGACGGGAGCCGAGGGGGUAUCCCUGGUCUUUUGCUGAAGCAGGAGCAAGCCAAGUUGUAG